AUGAACUUGGUGCUUGACGAAGACGUAACCUGUUGCGUGGUCAACGAAGAUGCAUCCUCCGGUGUACUGUGUCUUGGGAUCUUCUUUGCCAAAGGAUUUCUUUCUUCAAAACUCCCUCUUGAUCACGAACGACUCGAGAAGUCUUUCUGGGAGAAGGUCAACUACGUUGUUUUCCAAAUUGGCAAGCUGGGCAAAGUGGGUAUGUUGUGA